GAAAGGGGUCCAGAAAAAAUCGCAGCGGGGCGAACGAUCACCCACGUCGCAUGGCGACAUCCACAGGAUUAGAGCCCCUGGUGGAGACGCAAAUCUCCGUGGUGACCAACGAUGGCCGACUCUUCGUGGGGACGCUCCGCGGUUUUGACCAAAGCUCCAACGUCGUGCUGAGCGACUGCCAGGAGCGUGUCUUUGACACCGACAAAGGCGUGGAGCAGGUGGUCCUGGGGCUCUACGUCAUUCGUGGAGACAACUUAGCUGUGGUUGGUGAAGUCGAUGAGGAGAUCGACUCGCGCAUCGACCUGUCGAAUAUCCGGGCUGCACCGCUGAAGCCUGUGGUCCAUUGAUCGGUGGCUUGGCUUGGCAAUCGCCGCCGCCAGGUUUCGCGCGCUGCGAAAAGGC